AUGCUUUCUUGGGUUCCUUCUAACAAUGUUAAAAUUCGCAAGUAUAAGAAAAUUCCAAUUUCUGGUGAAAGACAGAUUCCAGAUGAUUUGAAAGAUAUAUUAGAUGUUGGGGAUAUUCCAAAGAGAAUAGGUGUUAAAUGCAAAAGCAAAGCAACGGUUGUUGUUGAGGCAUCUCCUAAGAAAAAUAAGAAACAACGAAAAACGAAAUCCAAGAAAUCCAAGCCUGCUAUUGUGGAUCAGGAUUCAGAGGAAAGGACUCACAAUAAUGUUAUUUCAGAGCCUAUUUCCACUACAGCUCUACAUCAAGUAUCCACUCCAACUUCUUCACAAGUUGUUCCACCAAUUCAACAUCCAACUCCGAAUGAAAAUGACAUUUUUGAGAUUGUUCUCAAGAAUCCAAUUCUGAAUCUUUCGCAAACCCCUCUAGCAACAACAAUUCCAAUUUCUAUGACCACCAUUCAUGUUCAAUUUAUUUUGGUUCAUAUUCCAACAUCAUCAAUUCCUGUUUCCACAACUCAACCAAUUUCAACUCCUAUCUUUACUGAUUCUACCAGUCUAACUUCUAAACCAAUUUCUACUUCUAUUCCACUAGAAACUAUUGUUCAAAAUCCACCAUCUUCACCUAUUCUUGAACAUACUCUAUCACCAUCAAGGACUUUUUCAACCACUAAUUUUGAAAAUGUGGUUUCAAAUUAUAAAGCUCUUAUUGAAAUGCUUACUUCAGCAAAUGCAAAGACUUUUGAGGAUCAUAAAAACUUGGUCAGGGAAAUAGACAAGAAGAUUGAAUAUGCUCUUGAUAAGGUGAAAGAGGUUUCUGAGAAUGUGAAUACUAUUCUUAAUGAUUUUCAAGAAAAUUCUGAGGCUAGGAACAUUGAGAAGGCUAAUGCAAAGAAAGUUCAUCUUCAAAAAGGAUAUUUGGAAGAAAAGUUGAAAGACUUCAAAGAGAAAUCAUUUACUGAUCUGAAGGUUAAUGUAGCUUCUAGAUUAGGAAAAGGAAAAAUAUAUGUGAUUUCUGAAGAAGAUUUGAAUGCAAAUUUAGCUGAAGAAGAAAAGAAAGCACAUAUUGCAAGAGAUAAAGAGGUAGAUGAUUUGAAAGCGAUAAAAGAACAGCUUGAUCGAAAAGAUGUUGAGAAAAAGAAUGUUGAAGAGAUUGUUGCAACGAAAAUGGCUUUGUUUCCAAAAUAG